AUUUGAACAUGUUAUCAUUAUCACUACCAACGUCAAAUAUCAACCACCAUUUCAAUGCGCUUCCGGGUUGUCGCGUAAUCUUUUUUUACCUUUGAAUAAGCAAGCCGCUUGUCGUAUCUUCUUGUCUAGCGUCGAGUCUAUAGCUGCUUGAUAUUGCGAUUACUCGACUUUUGCGCGUCUCUCUCAAUACGCUUUCGCAAAAUGAUGGGAGGCUGGUGGUCCUCCUCGGCCAACAGUGCCUUGGACGAACAGAUCGAGAAAGCAACUGGGAGUAGUUUAGAGGAUAUUCCCCUCAACCUCGAAAUAUCCGAUGUUAUUAGAUCUAAGAAUGUGCAGCCUAAGGAAGCCAUGCGAUCGCUGAAACGCCGCAUUGGCAAUAAGAAUCCCAACACUCAGCUAAGCGCGCUAAAUUUGACGGAUACUUGCGUCAAGAAUGGUGGCUCCCACUUCCUUGUCGAGAUUGCCUCCCGGGAGUUCAUGGACAACCUCGUUUCUCUUCUCCACGCAGUUGGUCCCGCCGCCGUGAAUUUAGAAGUUCGAGCCAAGAUCUUAGAGUUGAUACAAUCCUGGGCCGCCGCUACCGAAGGUCGUUACGACUUGAAAUACAUUGACGAGACCUACCAGACCCUACAGAGGGAGGGCUUUCAAUUCCCUCCUCGGACUACCGUGGCGAGCAGCAUGAUUGACAGUAGCGCUCCUCCGGAGUGGAUUGACUCCGAUGUCUGUAUGCGAUGUCGCACCCCGUUUACCUUCACGAACCGUAAACACCACUGCCGUAACUGCGGCAAUUGCUUCGAUCAACAAUGCUCUACCAAGACACUCCCUCUACCUCAUCUAGGCAUCAUGCAGCCUGUACGAGUCGACGACGGUUGCUACGCCAAACUUACAGACAAAUCUAAUAAAGGCGGCUUUGGCAGACAAGAGCGAUCACCUACGAGCCCAUCAUUUCCUCACAAAAAUCGCAGUUCGUCUGUUAUGCAGCCCCGGAACGCCCGAGUCGACGAUGCCUUUGACGAAGAUCUUAAGAAGGCCUUGGCGAUGAGUUUAGAGGAGGUACAGGGACAUUCAAAAGGAUAUGUUCCCCCUACGGAUAAUACUCCAUCAGCCUCUCAUGUGAAAGCCAAUGUUGGUUCACCUACGCCUGCAGGGGCGCCUGAGGAGGAGGACGAAGACCUCAAGGCUGCCAUCGCAGCAUCCUUGGCAGACAUGGAGGAGCAGAAGCAGAAACACUCUGCAGCAUUGAAGCAACAAACAAACAAGGCAGAGAGCACGUCGACUACUUCGUUUGCCUUACCGAAGAAUGAUUACGAACUCACCCCUGUAGAAGCUGAAAAUAUCAACCUUUUCUCAACCCUAGUCGAUAGAUUGCAAACUCAACCCCCUGGCACGAUCCUGAGGGAGCCACAGAUCCAGGAGCUUUAUGACUCCAUUGGAGCGUUACGUCCUAAAUUAGCACGGACAUAUGGCGAGACGAUGAGCAAGCAUGAUACACUUCUCGAUCUACAUGCUAAACUAUCCACCGUUGUUCGAUAUUAUGAUAGGAUGUUGGAGGAGCGCCUCUCAAAGGCUUAUAGCCAGCACAGUAUCGGUGGCUACACUCUACCCACCCCUGCGCAGCAAUCGGGCCCCUAUCCUUCGGUGCAAUCGGCCGCAGGUAGAACUCCCGCAUCGGCAGAGAACUUUUACACGGGCGAGCAACUUCCGGAUCCUAGUAGGACGCCUGUACCCCAAUACCUUCAACACGUUCAACAAAGCUCUCAACAGCAGUUUUCGAGCUACGACAAGAGAGCCUCGGUAUCAAUGCCUCCCAACAAUCAAUAUCCCCAACAUGGCGUUCAGAGAAGCGAUAGUUGGCAGAAGCAGCAAGGGCCCUCCGCACCAGUUCAGUACCCUAAUCAAGUGAACUUUACUCCGAAUGAUCCUCCACGAACUAACCACACGUCUCAUCCGUCCCCACAGACUCCUCUGAGUAAAGCUCCGGAGUCAGUUGGGGCGUCGGCAACCGACCCCAAUGCCUCUUACUAUUAUAGCAACCCACAAGCUAAUAAUGACCGCGCGACACCAAGUAUCCCGGUAGAAGUGGCACCUUCACCGUAUCCGAAUCUCCAACACACAAUAAAUUACGCGGGGCAGUCCGUCCCUGCGACACCUGCUUCGAUCCCUGCGCAACCGUCCCAACCUCCACAGCAAUACCAGCAAGCCGGUCAUCAAACGCAGCAGCAACCAUAUUGGCAGCAACAUCAACAGCAGCAACAUCAGCAACAAGAUCAGGCGGUUCACGGGUAUCAGGCAACUGGAGCUGGAUACUCUAGAUAUACGCAGGAUUCAUUCCCUGCUGCUCCUCAGCAUGCGCCUCAACAACCUAUCAUAGAGGAGAGCUUAAUUGACCUAUAGGGUGAAACACGGGCAGGGUGCAGGGGGCGGGUUCUAGAACGUGGAUGUCGGGAGGCUCAUAACAUUACUGGCGAGACCAUCUCAUAAUUGAAUGAGUAAAAUUUGACCGACCUAGAUUAUGAAUCACUGUCUUAUAAGCCUACCAACUUGCACAAACCCGAAACUGAAACUCCAUGAUAAAGAACAUGUACAUAGGUAGGUAGCCACCCGUGUAGAUACCUAGGUACAUAGUAGUAAAAGCCAUUACGUCAUUUGCCAAA